ACCGCACACGCACGCGUGCACGCACACCCUCAACCAAGUGUUUCCUUGACAGAGCAAAACGGCGACUUGUUUAUUAUCACUAAUAAGAAGUGAUUUGAUAGUUUAGGAGCUUCCAAAGCUGCCGUGGGUGUAUUUUUUUGGUUGAAUUUUCCUCUGCGAUGGAAGUGAGAUGUCGUCCCGCGGUGAUGUGUUGUUUUCUCGCCGUUCUCUCCUCCGUGGCUUCCCGCUACUCGGGCUCGCCUUACGUGGACAGACAGUAUCUGAACGAAUGGGCCGUGGAGAUCCCGGGUGGGCAGGAUGCUGCAGCCGAAAUCGCCCGGGAGUUGGACUACCAACUGGUCCGACAGAUUGGGGCCCUGAAGGACCAUUUUUUGUUCAGACAUCGAAAACAUCCACGCAGAAUGAAGCGAGGUGCAGAACACAUCACCAGGCAGCUGUCGGACGAUGAUCGGGUGCUUUGGGCGGAGCAACAGUACGAGAAACGGCGCAGCAAGCGAGCGUCUCUCAGGGAGUGCAGGGACUGCCCGGUGGACAAGUUGUUUGACGACCCCAUGUGGAACCAGCAGUGGUAUUUGCAAGACACGAGGACGUCGUCUUCGCUGCCUAAACUGGACCUGCACGUCAUCCCCGUGUGGCAGAAGGGCAUCACCGGGAAAGGAGUGGUCAUCACGGUUCUGGAUGACGGACUGGAGUGGAACCACACAGACAUCUACUCGAACUACGACGCAGCAGCCAGCUACGACUUCAACGACAACGACCCAGAUCCAUUCCCCAGAUACGAUGCCACCAAUGAAAACAAGCAUGGGACCCGGUGUGCAGGUGAGAUCGCCAUGCAAGCGGACAACAAUAAAUGUGGCGUUGGGGUGGCGUUUAACUCCAAGGUUGGAGGUAUUCGCAUGCUAGAUGGGAUUGUAACGGAUGCCAUUGAGGCUAGCUCUAUCGGUUUCAAUCCAGAACAUGUGGACAUCUACAGUGCCAGCUGGGGACCCAAUGAUGAUGGCAAGACGGUGGAAGGCCCCGGGCGUCUGGCUCAGAAAGCAUUUGAGUACGGCAUCCAGAAGGGCCGAGGCGGGAAGGGCUCAAUCUUUGUUUGGGCAUCAGGUAACGGUGGCCGCCAGGGGGAUAACUGUGACUGCGAUGGCUACACAGACAGCAUCUACACUAUCUCAAUCAGCAGCGCCUCCCAGCAGGGUUUGUCUCCAUGGUACGCUGAGAAGUGUUCUUCUACUCUGGCUACAGCAUACAGUAGCGGGGACUACACCGAUCAGAGGAUUACCAGUGCUGAUCUCCAUAAUGAGUGCACUCAGACUCACACCGGAACGUCGGCGUCUGCCCCGCUAGCUGCCGGAAUAUUUGCCUUGGCACUGGAGCAAAAUCCAGACCUAACAUGGAGAGACCUGCAGCAUAUUGUGGUUUGGACUUCAGAGUUUGAUCCCUUGGCUAAUAAUCCAGGCUGGAAGAGGAAUGGCGCAGGGUUGAUGGUGAACAGUCGCUUCGGUUUCGGACUACUCAAUGCCAAAGCCUUAGUUGACCUUGCCGACCCCGCCGCCUGGAAGCAUGUGCCAGAGAAGAAGCAAUGCAUAGUCAGGGAUGACUCUUUCCAGCCCAGGGAGCUGAAAGCCGCAGGGGAGACCACGAUAGAGAUUCCAACUAAAGCAUGCGCAGGGCAGGAAAACGCCAUCGGCUCACUGGAGCACGUGCAGGUGGAGGCCAGCAUUGAAUACACAAGGAGAGGAGAUCUGCACAUCACACUCACAUCCCCGGCUGGCACCACCACUGUGCUGCUCGCUGAACGUGAGCGAGACACAUCGUCCAAUGGUUUCAGAAACUGGGAUUUUAUGUCAGUCCAUACAUGGGGAGAAGACCCUUCUGGUACCUGGACCAUCAAAAUCACUGACACUUCUGGACGCAUGGAGAAUGAAGGUCGAAUCUUGAACUGGAAGUUGAUUCUCCACGGAACAUCGGAGAAGCCAGAACAUAUGAAGAAGCCUCGGGUGUACAUUCCCUACAACGCUGUGCAGAAUGAUCGCCGUGGGGUGGAACAUAUGGACGACAUGAUGGAGGAGCCCACUGAGACCCAUCCACCUCUGAAGACAAAAACAGAAACCUCGAAUCCUUCUAACACAGAAAAGAAACCCCAAAAACCAGCAAACCCUCCAAACACCCCCACACAGGCCUUGCUGCGUCUCCUGCAGACAGCCUUUAACAGGCAAAGCCCCGCCGCCGUCCAGGAACCCAGGUCAGCCUGGAGGAAACAGCAAACUGGAAGAAUGUCCUCCCUCCUGGCAACACGAACCCCACCGCAGAAGCUCUACCAAGCUCUGGACAUGAUCAACAAGUACGGUGGCCCGGAGGAUAGCGUCUAUAGUGACUAUAGCGACGGCUUCUACAGCACCAAGCCUUACAGGCAUAGAGAUGACCGCCUGCUGCAGGCACUGUUCCAGAUGAUAGAUGGUGAAGAGCAGAAGUGAGAGAAGAAGGAACGAUGUGGUUAUGUGUUGGUUGGGAAGCAGAGGAACAAGGCAAAAGAGGAAAGAGAAAGAGAAAAUUGGCAAAUGCAAGAAAGAGACAUCUAAACUCUCAUUCAGUUCUGUGUUGUCCCCCAAAAUGCUGCAUUUUAGAUGUCCUUAUUUAAAAAAAAAAAAAAAGUUCUUAUUUCUCAUUGUUUGGUUCCUUGGUUCUUUGCUCUCAGCCUUCGCAAGCACGUCAUCAUUAGAAUAUAUAUUUUCUCAAAACAUACAAACACAAUGAUUGUAGCAUGGAUUUGUAAACAAUGAAUCCCUAGUUUAGAUGUUGGUAGUUCUGUUUUGAGUCGUAUACCAGUACUGUGCAAAAAUCUUGGGCCACCAUUAGCAUUCAUUCAUUCAUUUUCUGCCGGGUGCUGGAGCCUAUCCCAGCUGUCUUCCUUAGGGCGAGAGGCGGGGUACACCCUGGACUGGUCGCCAGCCAAUCACAGGCCACAUAUAGACA